AUGGCUACCACCGCCGCAGGUCGUAUGCUGUCCCGACAGCUGCAACAGAUGCAAUCCGAGGACCACACAUGGUGCAGCUGCGGUCUGGUCGAUAAUAAUGUCUUCGAAUGGGAGGUUAUGCUUAUGAUUUCGGAUGACGUGAAGCUUUAUGGCGUCUACACCAGCGGCGAAGUCUGCAUUUCCAUCCUGCAUCCCCCCGAGGAAGACAAGUACGGCUACGAAUCCGCCUCGGAGCGCUGGAGUCCCGUGCAAACGCCCGAGACGAUCCUCCUAUCGGUCAUUUCGAUGCUGUCGAGCCCCAACGACGAGAGUCCCGCUAACGUGGAGGCUGCAAGGCUAUGGAGGGAGGAUCCGAAGGAGUUUAAGAAGCAGGUGAGGAAGUGUGUAAGGGAGAGUAUGGGGGAGGAGUAA